UAUAAUGUGCAAAAUAGUAAUUGACUGACCCUUCAAUUUUGCAUCGAGCAGAAGCAAGCUAGGGUUAAGCGAAAUCAGAUAUAAUAACCACCGGGACACGCAGCUUUGUUUCCCAAGAUGCCCGGGUUUUCGGGAUUCCAAGCUCUCGCACCCAAGACCAAGAAUCUGGUUGUCGCCGGAGGGCUGUCAGGAUUCGUGUUCGGGGUGUAUUUCUACACGAUGAGAGCUGUUGGCAGUACGGACGAACUCCAAGUAGCUAUCGACAAAUUUGAAUCGCAGAAACAGGGAAGUGAGUGAGCCAGGUGCAACAUUUGCAUCCAAAGCUUUGUCCUGCACUUUGAUAGAGAACCAGAUCUAUAUGAUACCAUGAAAGUUUUCGGUUAGUACUUGAAAUGUUCGAAUAAGUUAAUGAUUUUAAGAUCCUUUUGUUCUUUGAUCGAACUGCCUUUUAGGUGUGGCUAAUAAUAUCUGGUGUAAAAAUCACAUCACAUUUACAUAUGCAAACAGCAGUUUGAUUGAAAUGAAAAUCAGAAUUUUUCUUA